AAAAUCCAGGGGAAACAACAUCCUCCUCCUACUACUCUACCCUUUUUUCCAUGUUUCGAAUCUCUUAUUACUCUUUCCCUCCUUGUAGAUUUCCUCAAUAUCAAUCUUCCAUGUAACCCAUAACUCUAUCAUACGUUACCUAUCUCAUUUAUUUAAUUACCCCAAAAAAGGGGGGAAAAAAAAGUUAAAGAAACAGUCACUUUUGUGGACAAAAUUUGAAUAUGUUGAUGAAACGCUAUUGGGUGACUCUGGUAUGCAUUUUACUGUUAUUUUUGGGCUUUACGAGUAGUUCAAUUGAGGGAAUUUUUGAUGGGGUUACGCUAGCUCCGGCCAGGAGGAAUCUGCUGUCAUCAGAAUUAAAGAAACCUGAGACAGCACUGUUUGCUGAACCAGAUGGUACAGUUUAUUUAAGGGAGCAAAAUAGCUUAAAUACUAUGAAACCACCACUCUGGUCAUUUAGAUCCGGGCCACCAAUCUACUCUUCUUAUCAGGCUCCUGUUAACUACAAUAACAGCAGGGAGGCAUCAUCUGAUAUAGGAAGUGGUUACUUCAUUGACUGUGGUGGGGAUGACUGGGAAUUGUAUGCACACAACAGGCUUGGUAAAUUGAAACUUAUGAAGAGUAUUGAUGAGUAUAUUAGUUCAACUCCACAAAUAGCUGAGGAUGGCGGAAUUGUUCUGGGAUCUAAAAGAACUACUGCAUUUCUGGUUGAUGCUAAGACUGGACGCCUGAUUUACACAUAUAAGAUGCCUGACUCUCCACCAACUCAGGAAAAUGACACUAGUUUUCAUCAUAAUGGCACCAUUGGCGGAGAAAGUCUGCCCGGAUACACGCUUUACAUCACCAGGACAGACUAUGCAUUAACAUCCUUUAUUCCAAACUCAGACAAAGUGUUGUGGAACAUGACGGUUGCUGAAAUGGGGGCUGCUGCUCUUUGCAAAGUUGAGGACGCAUUUAAUGGGGAUAUUAUGGAGUCUGACAAAUCUGAACCUGAUGUACAUUUCAAUAUGCCAUUGCCAUGUCACUCAAGGGCCCUUAUCUACAGACGUCGAAGUCAUGAUAACAAUCUCCUCCCAGGGGCUCAUCCUCAGGGUAUGCUGCCAAAUCCAGAUCCUCCUUUACAACCAAAUGUUGAUAAUGCAGCUAUGCCUGUGUCCGGUAGCACUUCCCUCUUAAAAGAUAUUAUAAGAAAAACUAUGUUUGGCAUAUUGGUGGUGUUCAUAAUUUUAUUAAUCAAAAGAAAAAAUAAUCGUGAUUUAGUGGCUGAACUCAAGUUGGAUAGAGAACUUGGGAACCCACAUUCACCAAAUGUACCUUCAAAAAGGAAGAAAUCUCGGAAGUCUGGGAACAAUGGGAGCAAUGGCGUUAAAAGUGAUAAAGACACCUCUUCUGGUUCUGGACUUAAAUAUGCAGACGUGGAUGCUGAUAAUAAACUGUUGUUGAACCUUUUUGAACCAAGUAUCUGUAGCAAAGGUGGACGCUCUAUUGGUAAAUUGUUCGUCUCCAGUACAGAGAUUGCUAAAGGGAGCAAUGGUACAGUUGUCUUUGAAGGAAUUUAUGAAGGCCGUGCAGUUGCGGUGAAAAGGCUUGUCCGGGCACAUCAUGAUAUUGCCUUCAAAGAGAUAAAGAAUCUUAUUGCAUCUGAUCGACAUUCAAAUAUCGUUCGGUGGUAUGGUGUGGAACAAGACCAAGAUUUUGUUUAUCUUGCGUUGGAACGCUGCAUUUGCAGCUUGAGUGACCUUAUUCAGAUUCACGCUGGCACUUUAGAAAAUGCAUGUCCUAACCAGAACUUGGAUGGAGAAUCUACAAAGCAUAGAAUUUAUUUGGACAAUUUGAAGGGUAUUUUUCUGGAUACUGACUUAAUGAAGGAAAAUGGUUGUCCUUCACCUCUGUUGCUCAAAUUGAUGAGGGAUGUGGUUUCUGGCCUUGUGCAUCUUCAUGAUCUGGGGAUCAUUCAUCGAGACCUGAAGCCCCAAAAUGUUCUGAUAAUUAAGGAAAGAUUCUUAUGUGCUAAGCUUUCUGAUAUGGGAAUCAGCAAGCGCCUCAUCGGAGAUAUGUCUUCAUUGGGUCAUCAUGCAACAGGUUAUGGAAGUUCGGGAUGGCAAGCUCCUGAACAGCUUCUUCAUGGACGUCAAACACGUGCUGUUGAUAUGUUCAGUCUGGGCUCUGUUCUGUUUUUCUGUGUGACUGGUGGUAGUCAUCCCUUUGGAAGCCCUCUUGAGCGUGACAUUAAUAUUACAAAGAAUAAAGUUGAUCUUUUCUUGGUGGAACACAUCCCUGAAGCUGUGGAUCUGUUUUCUCGUUUGUUAGAUCCCAAUGCUGAAUUGAGACCAAAGGCAGUUGAGGUGCUCGUUCAUCCUUUCUUUUGGACUGCUGAGAUGCGACUGUCAUUUCUUCGCGACUCAAGCGACAGGGUGGAACUCGAAGACAGGGAGGCGUUUUCUGAUCUUCUGAAAGCAUUAGAAGGUACAGCGCCAGUUGCUUUGGGUGGAAGAUGGGACGAGAAGAUGGAACCUCCUUUCCUAAAGAAUAUUGGCCAUUACAGGCGAUAUAGGUUUGACAGUGUUCGUGAUUUGCUGCGUGUCAUGCGGAACAAGCUAAAUCAUUACAGAGAGCUUCCCACCAAAAUUCAGGAAAUUUUAGGAGCUGUACCAGAAGGAUUUGAUGGCUAUUUUAGGAGUCGGUUUCCCCAACUACUAAUAGAAGUAUAUAAAGUGAUGUCAGAAUACUGCAAGGAUGAAGACUGUUUUCAGAAGUACUUCACAAGCAGUGAACUCUAGACUCCUCCAGAUAGCAUCUGAAUCUUGUUCCAUUCUUACAUUACAUGUAUGAUGUAUGAUGUAAUUAUAGUCUAAAUAUGUAAAUAUGAACCUGAGCUGGUGGGAGGUGCCGGAUAGCUGUCCUGAUAUCACUGUUAUAGGAAAAGAAAAAAUAAUGUAAAUAUGAAAUCAACUUGUGUAAUGUUUAUAAAGUAUGUUUACCAACA